AUGGCCAUGAUCAAGAAUUUCUCUUCUGUGAGCAUAGAGGGGGAGAGAAGCUGGGUGAUUGAUCUAGAGGAAAAACUAACUUGCAACAAUGCAUCUAAUCUUUGCGACGAAGAGAUUCAGUGGAAGAAACCAUCUAUAUUCAGAUUGCCCGAAUUUGUAAAGAUGAUAAAGCCAGGUGUGUUCACGCCCAAGGUGGUCGCAUUAGGUCCCUACCAUCAUCACAAAAGUGAUCUGCAACCAUUAGAGUUUCAUAAGGAAAGGGCUCUCCACAACUUCCUAAAAAGGGGAGUCAAGUCCUUAAGUGUCUAUGCGAAUGUAAUGAUGGAGGUAGUGAAGGAGUUGCAAUGCUCGUAUGUUGACCUGCAGGAAGAAUGGAAGAAUCAAAAUGAUUUCAUAAAACUUAUGAUAACUGAUGGUUGUUUCAUGCUGGAAGUAUUGAGGCUUGAUGAGAAUCAUUGUAAACAUUAUGCCCCCAGUGAUCCUUUCUUUGGUUCACAUGCGAUGAAGCAUAAAGUUCCUUAUAUGAGGAGGGAUAUGUUGAUGCUCGAGAACCAACUACCCAUUUUGGUAUUCAAGAAGCUUGUUUCAAUCGAGAUGGAUGUCAAUGAAGAGGAUGCAGAACGUACUAUUACGGAACUAGUCCUCAGGUUCUUUGUGCCGCGCAUCUACUAUAACAAAGACGACCUUACAGAAUUCACAAAAAGCAUCCAUGGUUUCCAUGCCUUGGACAUCUAUCGCCGUAGCCAAUUGUUCAUUUCCACCAAGACUCCCCAGUUGCCGAUCCGAAAGACCUCUUCUUACUUAACAAACUUCGCCGUGAUGCGCUCCGCCGCAAGACAGCGUGAGGCCGGCAUUAAAUUCAAACGGAGCUGCUCCUCCGCCCUCACCACCAUCAGCUUCGACUCAAAGCACGGCGUCCUCACCCUCCCGGAAGUAACAGUGGACGACAGUACAGAAUACGUGUUCCUCAACAUGGUGGCUCUUGAGCACAUCCACGCCGAGUCGGGGAGCGAUAUUUCUUCGUAUGUUGCGUUCAUGGGAGCGCUGGUGGACUCGGCUGAGGAUGUGCAGCUGUUGCAUCGCCAUGGAAUGGUUAAGAAUGGGCUGGGCAGUGAUGAGGAAUUUGCAGACCUGUUUAAUAGGAUGAGCCAGGAGGUGAUAGUGGACCAGGGUGGAAGUUUGGGGGUUGUGCAGUGUGAAGUGGAGAAGUACUGUAAAAGAGGGUGGAAUAAAUGUUGCGCGUAUCUCCAACAUACCUACUUCAGGAAUCCAUGGACAGCGAUCUCCGUUUUUGCUGCUGCGUUUGCUAUCUUUCUUACUCUCGUCUCUACUGUCGUCUCUUUCUUGCAGUGGAAAAAUGUCUGA